AUAGAAUAUUCAGUUUUGAUGGAUCACUCAAAGUAAUCACUUGAUAUCACUUUGCACUCCUUAAGAUAGGAAAUGAUCAUUGAUGAAAAAUAUCUGGCUGGUUAUAAAUGGGACCAUCACCAUCAAAGACUAUCGCUGCUCAAAGGAUUACAAUAUGACCAAGGAAUUCAUCCAUGACUCCGAAUCCGAGCUCUUACUAAAGUCGUGGAAUGACGAUGAAGAUAUUCCUCUGAGUGAAUGCUGCAUAAUAGACCCGGAAGCCAUGGCUCGUCUGCGAAUGUGGCAUCAAUCCUUCAUAUCGCAACAAAUGUACACCGAUGCACGUUGUCCGCUAAAUCCCAGUCGUACAUCGUUGGAGGAGGAUUCUGAACGCUCGUCCAUGGAUGAUAGCUCUGAUCAAGAUUCAUACAAUGACACCACUAGCUUGCUUCAGCCUGCCACACCAUCCAAUGCGUCGAUCCAAACCGAAAAAUCCUUUCACUUUAGACGGUAUAUACAGUUUCUGCAGAAAAUGAAGCGCUCACUCCCUUGA